ACAUACGCUUAUGGCGUCGUUACAUUCGAUUGAAUGACUCCAGAUAUAAUCGUAUGUAUGUGAUUUCUUCAUAUGUUUUGGGAGGUACACAGCGGAGAAGGUGUUAAGUAUGGGUGAUACUAGCGAUUUAGACCGACAGAUAGAACAGCUCAAAAGAUGUGAAAUCAUAAAAGAAGCUGAAGUGAAAGCUUUGUGUGCUAAAGCUAGGGAAAUACUAGUAGAAGAAAGCAAUGUACAAAGAGUUGAUUCCCCUGUAACAGUAUGUGGAGAUAUACAUGGCCAGUUCUACGAUUUGAAAGAACUCUUCAAAGUUGGAGGAGAUGUUCCCGUAACCAAUUAUUUGUUCAUGGGGGACUUCGUAGAUAGAGGUUUUUAUAGUGUGGAAACAUUUUUAUUACUCUUAGCACUUAAGGUUAGAUAUCCUGAUCGUAUUACAUUAAUUAGAGGAAACCAUGAAUCUCGUCAGAUUACACAGGUAUAUGGUUUUUAUGAUGAAUGUCUAAGGAAAUAUGGCUCGAUAACUGUUUGGCGAUACUGUACAGAAAUUUUUGAUUAUCUUUCUCUAUCAGCUAUUAUAGAUGGAAAAAUAUUUUGUGUACAUGGAGGCUUAUCUCCAUCCAUUCAAACAUUAGAUCAAAUCAGAGUUAUCGAUAGGAAACAGGAAGUACCACAUGAUGGACCCAUGUGUGAUUUAUUGUGGAGUGAUCCAGAAGAUACCCAAGGAUGGGGAGUAUCACCAAGAGGAGCAGGUUACCUGUUUGGAUCUGAUGUGGUGACACAGUUCAAUAUGGCCAAUGAAAUUGAUAUGAUCUGUCGAGCUCACCAAUUGGUGAUGGAGGGCUUCAAAUGGCACUUUAAUGAGACAGUACUCACAGUUUGGUCAGCUCCUAAUUACUGUUAUAGGUGCGGUAAUGUAGCAGCAAUCUUGGAAUUGAAUGAGCACCUAGGAAGAGAGUUUACAAUAUUUGAGGCUGCUCCACAAGAAAUGCGGGGAAUUCCGUCGAAAAAACCACAGUCAGCUUACUUUUUAUAGAAUAUAUUAAUUAUUACUAGUUUGGUUGAUCGGUUAUAUUUCAAUACGUAUCUUCCAAUUCAUUUGCAGAAGUGAACUGAUGUUUAGUUAAUAUUUAAUUAAGUUAUUUACACCUGGUAAAAUAUUCUUAUACAUGAAAAUAUAAUGAAACUGACGGCUGUAAACGAUUACAAAACUAAUUCAGGAGUAAGUGACUGACAUUUAUCAAAUUAUUUCUCUUCAGAACAGAGAGAAUAUUAGGUAUGCUAAAUUUUUAGAAGUCCCACUCUCAAGAGGUACAGAUUGUUCUGGAAUGAGAAUGUUUAUAACAAAGUAUUAGCAAUCAGCACCUACAAAAGUUUCAGGUCGUUUUGUAAAAUAUCUUCAAGGACUCUUUAAUUUUAUUGUUUUACUUUGUAUUCCAAUAUUGGACAUUUUGUCAAGUAUCAAAUAAUAAAUUUUUUUAAGUAAAUA